UCAGAGAGUGUGACAGAGAUAGAGCGAUUCCAUGAGCGAGAAAGAGACACAGAGGCAGAGAGGGAGAGCACAAAGCAGAGAUGGGGGGUGAACACUGAGGCAGAGGUAGUUGGGAAGACAGAGAUCUGCACACAAACGCUAGCAAAGGAGAGGAAGGAGGAAGAGAGCGGAGGUUGAAGGAGAGCAGGAGGAGGGGGAGAGAGGGAUGCAAGAUGAUGGAGCCCAGAAAUAGGCUUCACAGGACAGCUUUUCAUACCCGUUCUCUGCGGCAGACAUGACUCUGGGCAUCGGACUGUGCUGAAAUUAGCCAGGGGGACAACACAGGACAGCAGGUCUGCAGCGCUCUGCCUUGGUUCAGCCUCACUGGAUGCAGCAAGGCAGCUGAUUUAUUACUGAGGGGCUGGGUGGCGUGUGCAGCUCUGAGUGUGUGUGUGUAUGCAGGUUUUUAUGGGUCCUGGUAGCGCUCGGAGCUGUGGGAGCAACCAUUCCUCCAGUCAUAAAAUGACAUUCAGCAGGCAGGAGCUUUGUGUGCUGGUGUGAAUCUGCAGUCCCCAGUAGGAAGUGGGAGAGUGGGAUUCAGAGCUGUCAUCGAGUGCAAGUGUGUGUGUGUUUACAGUGCUUUUCGCUGAGGUGAGCUAAGGAGGAUCAGCUUUAUGCGGUGUGUGUGUUCAGGUUAGAGUAGCAAGGGUGCAGCAAAGGCAAAGAUCCUACACAAUGCAAGGACGAGCGCAGAGCAGCACUGAUGGCAGGCAGUGCAGGUAAAGUACAAGGAGUGCCCUGGGGGUAGGGUGGAGGACGAAGGCAGGGACAGGGGAGGAAGAGGAGGAAAGAGCGAGGGGACGGAGAGAGACAAGUGGAAAGACAGGGUGAUCAUGGCUGUCAUGCAGUGAGCUAUAGCAUAUGCUGUAGCGCAGAACAGAGUGGUGCGGCAGGGGGAGGACAAGCAUCACCGCACAGGGGAGGGGGAGAAGACUGAGGGAGAGAGAAGGGGGGAGGCAAUCAGCUCAGCACCUCUCCUCCAGCAGGAGGAGAAGCACAGUGGGACAGGCCCAGGAGAAGACACUCAGUCAAAGACGCACUGACGAGCAGUCAGGUCAACGUGUAGAGGUCAAAAAGGGAGCUGGUGCGGGACGGGGGUUGGGUGUACCCCCCACUGGCCGGCAAGUCCACAAGAGCGCAGGCCGUUCCUGGGAAGAAGAAGAAGGAGUCGAGAAGAGAGAAAGAGGGGUCGGUCCCCCAACUCCUGUUUCUUUUGACAGCCCUGCCACCUUGCCAUCACCAUGGGCGAAUGGACCAUUUUGGAGAGGCUGCUGGAGGCGGCUGUCCAGCAGCACUCUACUAUGAUCGGAAGGUGGCCAGAAAAAGGAGACCAAAGGGAUGUCCGUGUUGCUCUGUUUCUGCUGGAUUUGAUCCUGCUGACAGUGGUGGUGAUUUUCCGUAUCCUAAUAGUAGGCAUAGUGGGAGAAAAAGUGUAUGAGGAUGAGCAAAUCAUGUUCAUCUGUAAUACCAUGCAGCCCGGCUGCAACCAGGCUUGUUAUGACAAGGCCUUCCCCAUCUCGCACAUCCGCUACUGGGUCUUUCAGAUCAUCUUGGUGUGCACGCCGAGUCUGUGCUUCAUCACAUAUUCUGUUCACCAGUCGGCCAAAGCACGUGACCGAAGCUACUCUCUCCUGCAUCCUUACAUGGAUCACCAUGGUCAUGGUCACCAUGGUCGGCAUGGUCAUGAUCAUCACGCUCGCAAGCUCCACUCUCGCAACAUCAAUGGCAUCCUGGUGCACCCUGACAGCAGUAAGGAGGAUCAUGAGUGCCUGGAGGUCAAGGAGAUCCCCAACGGACCACGAGGACUUCCUCAAACACACAAGAGUGCCAAAGUGCGACGACAGGAGGGCAUCUCCCGUUUCUAUGUCAUCCAGGUGGUGUUCCGCAACGCACUGGAGAUUGGCUUCUUGGCCGGCCAAUACUUCCUGUACGGCUUCAAUGUGCCAGGAAUGUUUGAGUGUGAUCGCUACCCAUGUGUGAAGGAGGUGGAGUGUUACGUGUCCCGUCCAACAGAAAAGACCGUGUUUCUGGUCUUUAUGUUUGCAGUGAGUGGCAUAUGUGUGCUGCUCAACCUGGCUGAGCUCAACCACCUUGGCUGGAGGAAGAUAAAGACGGCCAUGCGAGGGGUGCAGGCCCGAAGGAAGUCCAUCUGUGAAGUGCGCAAGAAGGAUGUUUCACACCUGUCCCAGGCCCCAAACCUGGGCAGGACCCAGUCUAGUGAGUCAGCCUACGUCUGACAGAGGCUUCUCUGCCUGGGGGCUCGAGGACCUCUUAAAUUUUGGAGAAGAGCUUUUCCCUGGCCCAGGACCCCUACCGUUAGGGCACAAAACUCACUAUUGCAUUAUUAUUCAGGAGCACAGCCGGACUCUGUGUAAUCAUGAUAAAGCAUCAGUUCACAAAGUAGAGUCUUUGACCCUUCUAGAGACAAGAAUCACCUUCUUAAAAAGGCAACUGUGUUGCUGCAACAAAGCUUUACACCUAAAGCUUACACGAUGAAGAGUUCUGCUCUGCCUAGGUGACACUAGAUGCCUUCAAAGAACCCAACAGAUAAAACUGAGCAAAUACUAAUAAUAUUAAAAUACUGUAAAGAUAGUCUGAGGUUGAAUUAUCUGAAAUUCUUCAUUAUUUGCCUUUGCUGUAGGUCAGAAAUAAUCCCCUUAUUUUCCAAUUAUGUCUGCAUUAUGCAAGAGCUUAAGCGUGUGCAUGCAUACGCAUGUGUGUGGGGAAAAAAAGCCAAUCUCUGACUUGAUUCAGAAAAUUGAAUGCUAAGCUAAUCUGAACUACUGAGAGAAAGAUGUUAUUUCUCAUGGUCCAUAAUCAUCGAGCAAAGUCACUUGGCGUACAAACAAGCACCUUUUUAAACACAUUUUAAGAAAUAUACACAAAACCACACAAAAACCAACAGCAGUAAAGCUAUCAACAUAAACUGGGACACAGUGUCAGUGUACCAGGCUUUUUCUUAAACACUGUCACAAUUCUUCACAUUCUUUGUUGCAUUAGGUGCCAAUCAGACUGUAGAUUGACAUUGCCUGGGAGCUUUUGUUCAAAGAGAGACACAUGGUGCAUUGAAGAUGAGUUAGAUUUACUUUCCAACACUGUGUUACACACCACAAUGCUCCCAGUGCCUGCAAGGCAUGCUGUUUACUCUCAGAAGCCACUGAAAACAGUCAAGAAAAGUGUGCCAGUGUUUCCACUUUGGCUUCUAAAGUGUGAUCGCAGUGUAAGGUGCUGAAUGGAGUUAUAUAAAGAUUUUUUCAAAUAAACAGGAAAAGUAUUGUUGUCACAAAUAUUUUAACAUGUAACCUCAAGCUUUUUUUCACAAGCCGAUUUGGUGCCAUAUUUAAAAGUUACUGUACAUAGAUGAGAUGUAAUAAUUACACUUAGCCUUUUCCCUAUGCCGUAUAGAUGGGCCUCACUUGGAUGGGGGAACAUGGGUUUGGGUGGUAAUGAAGAUUAAUCAUAGAUUGCCAGCUUUAACAAUAUGUAUUAUAAAUGUGCUCUUUGUUAAGCCUUCACCCUCUAAUGGAGACUGUAUGUUCCAAAACGUGUUUCCCCACUAUGGACUUUGAAAAAGGCAUGUUACUGAAGCAUUAAUAGAAUGGAUAGAUUAUGACAUGUAACUUAAAAAGAGACUUUUAUUUAUUUGCAUCCUGCUCCUGUGAAAUGUAAUACUUAGCAUGCAUGAAGAUGACAAAUAUAAAGAGAUAUGAACAUAGAAUCCCAUUGUGGGAAUAUUGAAAGGGAAUACCUGAAAGGCUCCAGAACUGCAGCAAUAAUAAUAUAUAGUAUGUGAAAAAAAAAAGUGUGAAUAAAUUAUUAUGCAAACAGUGA